UCCCUCCUGCAACAUGAAGUGUCUGAACGGGGGCAGCUGUGCCGAAGAGGCCUGCCUGUGCCAGAAGGGAUACACUGGAAAUCACUGCGGCCAACCCAUCUGCGAAGGAGGCUGUCAGAAUGGGGGCCGGUGCAUCGGGCCCAACCGCUGUGCCUGCGUCUAUGGAUUCACAGGGCCCAGGAGGGAGAGGGAUUACCGCACGGGCCCCUGCUUCAGCCAGGUGAACAAGCAGAUGUGCCAAGGCCAGCUGAGCGGCAUCGUCUGCACCAAAACCAUGUGCUGCGCCACCAUCGGCCGCGCCUGGGGCCACCCCUGCGAGAUGUGUCCGGCCCAGCCCCACCCUUGCCGCCGCGGAUUCAUUCCCAACAUCCGAACCGGAGCCUGCCAAGAUGUGGACGAGUGCCAGGCCAUCCCCGGAUUGUGCCAAGGGGGGAACUGCCUCAACACCGUGGGCUCCUACGAAUGCAAGUGCCCGGUGGGUCACAAGCAGAGCGAGACCAACCACAAGUGCGAAGAUACCGACGAGUGCAGCAGCACGCCCGGCGUCUGCAACGGGGGCGAGUGUACGAACACGGUGGGCAGCUACGUGUGCGCCUGCCCGCGAGGGUUCAUGACCAGCCCGGAUGGAUCCCGCUGUGUGGACCAGCGGAUUGGCACCUGCUUCUCGGCGCUGAUCGGUGGGCGGUGCGCCGGGGAGCUUCCUGGCCAAUACACCAAGAUGCAAUGCUGCUGUGACUCCGGACGCUGUUGGGCCAUUGCCCAAACGCCAGAGAUGUGUCCCGUACGGGGGUCAGACGAAUAUCGUUGGUUGUGCAUCGACGGUCUUCCCGUCAUUCCGGGCUUCCCUGGCAGUUUUCCGGGCCUUCCAAGCUUCGGUCCCAACGGAGUCGGGCCAGGGAUAAGUGGCCCUGGAAGUUUUGGACCCAACGGAGCCAACGGACAAGGGGGCAUCCCUGGAUUGCCAGGGACAGGCCCCGGGAGUUCCAGCAUCGGCACAGCGACGCUGAACCAGACAAUCGACAUCUGCAAGCAUUUCACCAACCUGUGCUUGAACGGGCGCUGCAUCCCCACCCCGUCCAGCUACCGUUGCGAGUGCAACAUGGGCUACAAGCAAGACGUGCGGGGCGAGUGUAUCGACAUGGAUGAGUGUCCGAGCAGCCCCUGCCUCCAUGGCGAUUGUGUGAACACCCCCGGCUCCUACCACUGCAAGUGCCACGAAGGUUUCCAGAGCACGCCCACCAAACAGGCCUGCAUUGAUAUCGACGAAUGCAUCAUGAACGGGGUGAUGUGCCGCAAUGGACGGUGUGUGAACACUGACGGCAGCUUCCAAUGCAUCUGCAACGCCGGUUUCGAAAUCACACCUGAUGGGAAGAACUGCGCAGAUCACGACGAAUGCGCCACGACCAACAUGUGCCUGAACGGAAUGUGCAUCAAUGAGGACGGGAGCUUCAAAUGCAUCUGCAAGCUGGGCUUCGUGCUGGCCCCCAACGGGCGCUACUGCGUUGACAUUGACGAGUGCCAGACGCCGGGAAUUUGCAUGAACGGCUGGUGUAUCAACACCGAGGGCUCCUUCCGUUGCGAGUGCCUGGGGGGGCUGGCCAUUGGCGUGGACGGGCGGGUCUGCGUGGACACCCACGUCCGCAGCACCUGUUACGGUGGCAUCAAGAAAGGCACCUGCGCCCGUCCCUUCCCGGGAGCCGUCACCAAGUCCGAGUGUUGCUGUGCCAAUCCGGACCACGGAUUUGGGGAGCCGUGCCAUCCUUGUCCUGCCAAGAACUCCGCUGAAUUCCAAGCCUUGUGCAGUAGUGGAAUAGGAAUCACAGCGGACGGACGAGAUAUCAACGAGUGCGCCUUGAACCCGGACAUCUGCCCCAACGGGAUGUGCGAAAACCUUCGAGGGAGCUACCGCUGCAUUUGUAAUCUGGGCUACGAGUCGGACCCCACUGGGAAGAACUGCGUGGAUGUUGAUGAAUGUGCCAUCAAUCGCCUGUUGUGUGACAACGGACUGUGUCGCAACACGCCCGGGAGCUACAGCUGCAGCUGCCCGAAAGGGUUUGUCUUCCAGACCGAGACAGACACAUGUGAAGAUAUCAAUGAAUGCACAUCCAACCCCUGUGUCAACGGGCUCUGCCGGAACAACGCUGGGUCCUUUGCGUGUGAGUGUUCGCCCGGAAGCAAACUGGAUCCCAGUGGCACUAUCUGUGUUGACAGCAUGAAGGGCACCUGUUGGCUCAACAUCCAAGAAGGACGCUGUGAAGUCAACAUCAACGGGGCUACCUUGAAGUCCGAAUGCUGUGCUACGCUGGGGGCUGCCUGGGGAAGCCCCUGUGAACGCUGUGAGAUCGAUGCCGCCUGUCCGCGAGGUUACGCCAGGAGGAAAGGUCUCUCUUGUGAAGAUGUGAACGAGUGCGACGUCUUCCCAGGCGUCUGCCCCAACGGCCACUGCGUGAACACGGCGGGGUCCUUCCGAUGCGAAUGCCCAGAAGGCUUGACUUUGGAUGGCUCUGGCCGGACCUGCGUGGAUGUGCGGCUGGAGCAGUGUUACAUGAAGUGGGCCGAGGACGAGUGCACCGUGGCGCUGCCAGGGAAAUACCGCAUCGACCUUUGCUGCUGCUCUGUCGGCGCGGCCUGGGGCAAGGACUGCGAGGAAUGCCCCAAGCCCGGCUCGGCCGAAUUCAAAGCCAUCUGUCCGCGGGGACCCGGCUUUGCCAACAGGGGAGACCUCUUAUCCGGCAGGCCUUUUUACAAAGAUGUGAACGAAUGCAAGAUGUUCUCUGCUCUUUGCACCCACGGCACCUGUCGCAACACCAUCGGGAGCUUCCGGUGUCUCUGUGGCAACGGCUUCGCUCUGGAUGCCGAGGAGAGGAACUGCACAGAUAUAGAUGAGUGCCGGAUCUCGCCAGACCUGUGCGGCCACGGCGCCUGCGUCAACACGCCUGGCGGUUUUGAGUGCGAAUGCUUUGAAGGCUACGAGAGCGGCUUUAUGAUGAUGAAGAACUGUAUGGAUAUUGAUGAAUGCGAGCGAGACCCACUCCUGUGCCGGGGAGGGGUCUGCGUCAACAAUGAGGGCAGCUUUGAGUGCCUUUGCCCUCCGGGGCACGAACUGACUGCCGAGGGCAACGUCUGCGUAGAUGUCAACGAGUGCUCCCUGAGCGACAGCCUGUGCCGGAACGGGCGCUGCGUGGACGUCAUUGGCACCUACCAGUGCGCCUGUGACUCCGGAUACCAGGCCACCCUCGACCGGCAGGGCUGUGUCGAUAUAGACGAGUGUACCAUCCUGAACGGCGGCUGCGAUACCCACUGCGCCAACGCCGAGGGCAGCUACGAGUGCAGCUGCGGGGAAGGCUACGCGCUGAUGCCGGAUAAACGGUCCUGCGUGGAUAUCGAUGAAUGUGAGGACACCCCAGAUAUCUGCGAUGGCGGCCAGUGCACCAACAUCCCCGGGGAAUACCGCUGCCUCUGCUUUGAUGGCUUCAUGGCGUCCCUCGACAUGAAAACCUGCAUUGAUGUGAAUGAGUGUGACCUGAACCCCAACAUCUGCCUGCACGGGGAAUGCGAGAACACCAAGGGCUCCUUCAUCUGCCAUUGCCAGCUGGGCUACUUCGUCAAGAAGGGGACGACGGGAUGCACAGACAUCGACGAGUGUGAAAUCGGGGCUCACAACUGUGACAUGCAUGCUUCUUGCAUCAACAUCCCGGGGAGCUUCCGGUGUAAGUGCCGACUGGGCUGGCUCGGCGACGGGCUGAAAUGCAACGACCUGGACGAGUGCGCCACCGAGGCCCACAGUUGCAACCUCAACGCCAACUGUCUGAACACACCAGGCUCCUUCCGCUGCGCCUGCCAGGAGGGCUUCAGCGGUGACGGCUACUCUUGUUCCGAUGUGGACGAGUGUGCCGACAACGUCAACCUCUGUGAGAACGGGCAGUGCCUCAACGCCCCCGGGGGCUACCGCUGCGAGUGCGAAAUGGGAUUCAACCCCACUGACGACAGCAAGGCUUGCCAAGAUAUUGAUGAAUGCACCUUCCAAAAUAUCUGCGUCUUUGGCACCUGCCAGAAUCUGCCCGGAAUGUUCCGCUGCGCCUGUGACGAUGGAUAUGAGUUGGACAGGAGUGGCGGCAACUGCACAGACAUCAACGAGUGUGCCGAUCCCGUGAACUGCAUCAACGGCCUUUGCGUCAACACGCCAGGGAGCUACCUCUGCAACUGCCCUCAGGACUUCGAGCUGAACCCCACCGGAGUGGGGUGUGUGGACACCCGAGUGGGGAACUGUUUCCUGGACACGCAAGACCGUGGCGAUGGCGGGAUCUCGUGCAGUGCGGAAAUCGGCGUGGGCGUGACACGGGCUUCCUGCUGCUGCUCCCUGGGCCGGGCCUGGGGGAAUCCCUGCGAGCUCUGCCCAGCUGCCAACACCACCGAAUACAAGACCCUUUGUCCGGGCGGAGAAGGCUUCCGGCCGAACCCCAUCACAGUCAUUUUGGAAGAUAUAGACGAGUGCCAGGAGCUGCCAGGCCUUUGCCAAGGUGGCAAUUGUGUCAACACCUUUGGGAGUUUCCAGUGUGAGUGUCCCCCGGGCUAUUACCUGAAUGAGGACACCCGUAUUUGCGAAGACAUCGAUGAGUGCUCUGCCCACAUCGGCAUUUGCGGGCCGGGGACCUGUUACAACACGCUCGGCAACUACACCUGUGUGUGCCCCCCGGAGUACAUGCAAGUCAAUGGAGGGAACAACUGUAUGGACAUGCGGAAGAGCCUCUGCUACCGGAACUACAACGACACCUGUGAGAACGAGCUCUCCUUCAACAUGACCAAGAAGAUGUGUUGCUGCUCUUACAACAUUGGCAAGGCCUGGAACAAGCCCUGCGAACCCUGCCCCACGCCGGCCAGCUCUGAAUACCAGAUCCUGUGCGGCAACCAGGCCCCCGGCUUCAUCAUCGACAUCCACACAGGGAAACCAAUUGAUAUUGACGAGUGCAGUGAGAUUCCGGCCAUUUGCACCAACGGCGUCUGCAUCAACCAGAUCGGCAGUUUCCGCUGCGAAUGCCCCAUCGGCUUCAGUUAUAACAACAUCUUGCUGAUCUGCGAAGACAUCGAUGAAUGCAGCGGAGGGGAAAAUCUCUGCCAACGAAACGCCGACUGCUUAAAUAUCCCCGGCAGUUACCGGUGUGAAUGCUCUUCAGGAUACAAGUUGUCGCCAAGUGGAGCGUGUGUCGGCCGCAACGAGUGCCAGGAGAUCCCCAACGUGUGCAGCCACGGGGAUUGUGUCGACACGGAAGGGAGUUACCUGUGCAUCUGUUACAAUGGGUUCAAAGCCACGGGGGACCUGACCAUGUGUAUGGACAUCGACGAAUGCGACCGUCAACCCUGCGGGAACGGCACCUGCAAGAACACGGUGGGCUCCUACAACUGUCUCUGCUUCCCGGGCUUCGAACUGACCCACAACAACGAUUGCAUGGAUAUCGACGAGUGCUCCUCCCUGGCUGGGCAGGUCUGCCGCAAUGGACAGUGCAUCAACAACAUGGGGUCCUUCCGGUGCCUGUGCCAGGAGGGCUACGACCACACACCGGAUGGCAAGAAUUGUAUCGACAUCAACGAGUGCGUCAGCCUACUCGGGAGCUGCUCCCCGGGAACCUGCCACAAUUUGGAAGGUUCCUUCCGCUGCAUUUGCCCUCCCGGCUACGAAGUGCAGAACGACAACUGUAUCGAUAUCAACGAGUGCGAGGAAGACCCGAACAUCUGUCUCUUCGGUACCUGCACCAACACCCCUGGCACUUUUCAGUGCAUCUGCCCGCCUGGUUUUGUUCUGUCUGACAAUGGUCGGCGCUGCUUUGACACCCGCCAGAGUUUCUGCUUCACCCGCUUCGACAACGGAAAGUGCUCGGUGCCCAAAGCUUUCAACACCACCAAGGCUCGAUGCUGUUGCAGCAAGAUGCCAGGCGAAGGCUGGGGAGACCCCUGCGAGCUGUGCCCCCAGGAAGGCAACGUUGCCUUCCAAGAAUUGUGUCCGUACGGCCACGGAGCCAUUCCGGGGCUCGGAGACUCCCGGGAAGACGUCAACGAGUGCGCGGAGAAUCUGGGUAUCUGUAUUAACGGCGCCUGCAUCAACACGGACGGGUCCUUCCGCUGCGAAUGCCCCUUCGGCUACAACCUGGACUACACCGGGGUCAACUGCGUGGACACGGACGAAUGCUCCAUCGGCAACCCGUGCGGGAACGGCACCUGCACCAACGUGAUCGGGGGCUUCGAAUGCGCCUGCGACGAAGGAUUUGAACCGGGGCCAAUGAUGACCUGCGAAGAUAUCAACGAGUGCGCCUUGAACCCGCUGCUCUGCGCCUUCCGGUGCCUCAACACGCUCGGCUCCUACGACUGCACCUGCCCAGCUGGGUACACCUUGCGGGACGACCGCCGAAUGUGCAAAGAUUUGGACGAGUGUGCCCAUGGGAUGCACGACUGCGACUCUCACGGGAUGAUGUGCAAGAAUCUGAUCGGCACCUUUGCCUGCAUCUGCCCGCCUGGGAUGCAACGGCGGCCGGACGGCGAAGGCUGCACAGACGAGAACGAAUGCCGGACCAAGCCGGGCAUCUGCCCCAACGGCCGCUGCGUGAACACGGUGGGCAGUUACCACUGCGACUGCAAUGAAGGCUUCCAGGGGAGCCCCUCGGGCACCGAGUGCCUCGACACCCGCCAAGGCUUCUGCUUCACCGAAGUGCUCCAGACGUUGUGCCAGAUGUCCUCCACCAAUCGGCAGCCGGUCACCAAGUCCGAGUGCUGCUGCAACGGAGGGCGAGGCUGGGGCCCCCAGUGCGAACCCUGCCCCUUCCUGGGCACGGCCCACUACAAGAAGAUGUGCCCCCACGGGCCGGGCUACAUGACCGACGGGAGAGAUAUUGAUGAAUGCAAAGUGCUACCCAAGCUUUGCCAGCACGGCCAAUGCAUCAACACCGUGGGCUCCUUCCGCUGCCACUGCGACCUCGGCUACACCCUGGACAUCACCGGGACCCUCUGCCAGGACCUGGACGAGUGCAGCCAGUCGCCCAAACCUUGUAAUUUCAUCUGCAAGAAUUUGGAGGGCAGCUUCCAGUGUUCCUGCCCCAGAGGGUACAUCCUGCAGGACGAUGGCAAGACUUGCAAAGAUUUGGACGAGUGCUCCACCAAGCAGCACAACUGCCAGUUCCUCUGCGUGAACGUCAUUGGGGGCUUCAACUGCAAAUGCCCCCCGGGAUUCACUCAGCACCAUUCCUCCUGCAUCGACAACAACGAGUGCACCGCGCAGCCGACACUAUGCGGGUCGAAAGGACACUGCCUGAACACCCCCGGCAGCUACAACUGCGAAUGCCAGAAGGGUUUUGUCCUGGAUAACGCCGGAAGCAGUUGCGAAGAUGUGGACGAGUGUGACGGGAACCACCGGUGUCAACACGGAUGCCAGAACGUGCUCGGGGGAUACCGCUGCGGCUGCCCCCAAGGCUACAUCCAGCACUACCAGUGGAACCAGUGUGUGGACGAGAACGAGUGCUCCGGCUCAGCGGUCUGCGGUUCGGCCUCUUGUUACAACACCCUGGGAAGCUUCAAGUGUGUCUGUCCUUCGGGCUUCGACUUCGACCAAGCCCUGGGGGGCUGCCAGGAUGUGAACGAGUGUGCAGCCGGAGGGAGCUCCUGCAGCUACGGGUGCUCCAACACGGAGGGGGGCUACCUCUGUGGCUGCCCCACCGGCUAUUACCGGGCAGGGCAAGGGCACUGUGUCUCAGGACUGGGGUUCGCCAAGGAAAACUAUUUCGCGGCCCCCCCAGAAGAGGACGAAGAGAAUCUGUUGUCUCCGGAAGCCUGCUAUGAAUGCAAGAUCAACGGAUACCCCAAGAGGGGUCGGCAGAGGCGCAGCGUCAACGGCACCCAGGCCCACCAGCAGGAUCUGGGCCUCAGCUUGGCCAGCAUCGAUGUGGAGGCGCCUCUGGUCUUCUCCUUGAACCUCUCGGACCUGGGCCGGAAGUCCCACAUCCUGGAUCUCCUUCCCGCCGUGGAGUCCCUGGAGAACCACAUCCGCUACGUCAUCGCCCACGGCAACCAGGACGGCCACUUCCACAUCCAACAGAAAGAGGGUCUCAGCUACCUGCACGUGGGCCGCAAGCCGGCCACCCCCGGGACCUACCUGCUGGAGAUCGUCAGCGUACCCCUCUCCCGUGUGCGAGAACUGCCGAAACUGGAGGCUGGCAAGGAACUCGGCCGGGCGGCUGGAGAGAUGGGCCAAGCCCUGAAGAUGAAGCUGCAGCUCUGCCUCUUUUAAACCCCAUCUCAGAGACCCCCAGACCCGGGCCCAGGCCGCACCAUGCUCCGUUUUGACCCUCCUUGCCCCGAAGGCUCCGCUCUCCCAGCGUCCGCCCUCCGCCACCCGAGGGCUCAGCAAAGGGGGACAGUCCGGGAUCCAGUCCACAGCCCCCCCCCCCCCCAACUGACCCUAGCCCAGGCUUUGGGUGCCUCUGGCCCCCUCUUCAGCAAGGCCUCCCCUCUACCCAGCUGCCUUCUAGUCAAGUCCAGAGGUCCACUCUGAUGAGACCCCCCGUCUCCCCUCCCCGGCUGUGUCUCUCCGCCUGGACCUUCUCCCUUCUGUCUUUGGCAGCUUCCCUCGCUUGCCCUGUGUUUCCCCCUCCCCUUUUUUAACUCCCCCCCGCUUUCACAGCUGACGCGCACUGCAGCGAAGGCAUCCUGAGGCCGAGCCAAAGGAAAAACAAUUUCCGUGCAAAAACGCCUCCCCCAGCGUCUCCUCUUUGGCAGGAGGUCCCGUGUGCCUUGAACCCAGGAUCGCCAGGCCCUCUUCCUCUGGGGCAAAGGAGCCAGCCCUCUUGUGCCCGUGGCAGGGGGUGGGCACUCAGAUGGCAUCGUUGAGCGUGCCAAUCGAGGCGUGCCUCUCUUCGUCCGGAGCGCGUUACCAAAGAGGCUUCCCGCACGCAGUCGCCAUCUUGACUUUUUCGACCCCUUCCCUGCAGACGUCUGUGUUUCAAAGCCCCCCUGCUCCCCCCCCCACAAGAAUCCCUGGCCGUCCCAGCCAGCGGGGUUGACGAGGGUUCUCUGCAGAGGGAGUCGGUGUCUGCUCUGUUUUACGACGAUGCCAAGCCUGGAUUCAGCUAAAGCGAGCAGCAGGGAUGCGGCUUCGGA